AUGUUGGCGCUUCUUUGGAAGGUGUUUUUAGUGGUAGUGGUGCUCGGAUGUGAGACGGUAACUGCCGGUGAUCGGCCAUGUCAGACACGUUCGGCAAAACCGCAGCAAGGACGGUGCGUUCCGGUGUCCAAAUGUCCGGCAAUCAAACAACACCUUCUCCGGUUGCAAUUUUCUCCAGCCGAAAUGUUUGAAGCAUUCCUGAGCGAGCGUGCCUGCAGCUAUGGAAAGGACGGUACGUUGCAUGUGUGUUGUACGGGGAAGAUAGCCUCCGAGCGACGCGCUGAGCUGGCCGCGAAUGACGCUCACCAGUGCCCCGAAGAAUGUGCCGCCCUUGAGGAUUGUCCAGCGGUUUACGGUCGGAGCAUGGUACUGCAGAAGCGCUACGAUCGUCGCCUGCACAAACUGUUGCGCGAAAACUUUUGCUACGAAAAGUCGGGACAGCUAUUUGUGUGCUGUGACCCGGAACGUUACCCUAGCUCUAUAACCGCCGGCACCCGGGAGCUGGCAAAGCGCGUCAGCUGGCAAUCCUGCGUAACGCCGUUCGGAGAUGAUGGCAAAUGUGUACCGCCGGCCCGCUGUGCCAUGGUAGACAACCCGGAUACGAUUGCCUCCGAGCUGGAAGCAUUCACGAUUGGUUGCAAUCCAGUGGGCAAUCAGUCGCAGCUAUGCUGCACCGAAUCGUUGCUGAUCUUCGACCAGGAAGCAGGCAAAGAAUGCGAAACAAAGGAGGGAUUAGAGGGCAUGUGUACGGAAUCGGAACGCUGUUUAGACUUCAUCGAGUCUGAUGAAAAGGAUGUGUACGUUCGGCGAAAUUGGUGCUACACGAAUCUGCAGCAGGUGGACUAUUUGUGCUGCGCUCAGACCCGCAUCAAGGAGGCGCCACAGAUUGAGUUCGGCAUACGGGCAGGAGAGGAGCUGCCCGCGUGCACAACGAUCGUCAAUCGGGCCGGGUAUUGUGUUCCACUGGCCCAGUGUGGGCCAGUAGCAAGGUUAUUGCGUCUAAUAUCUACACGUGGUACCUCGGCAACUCCGGACGAGGCACGCUUUUUAAGAGGAUCAAUUUGUACUACACCGGAAGGGGCUACUGGAUAUCAUGUCUGCUGUGAUGUAACUGCUGUUCAAACCACGACCACAGCUGCCCCGGUCACUAUAGCACCUACUACUGUCGCUCCAACCACUGCGAGUCUGCUCAACCAUCGAAACACACCGCUCUUCGAUCGUUCCAACUGUGGUCUUCCGGGCACAAACAAUAAGAUCGCCUUUGGUCAGCAGGCCCGUUUGUUUCAGUAUCCCUGGAUGGCAAUGAUCGUGUACAUGUCCAGCACGACCGGCACGGAAAGCGCAGAAUGUGCCGGUACGAUCAUCAACGUUCGCUAUAUUCUCACAGCGGCACACUGUAUCGAUGGCCAGAUGGAGCGAAUACGAUAUGUACGAAUCGGUGAGUUUGAUACGCGCACCGACCCAGACUGUGAAGAGGACACUUGUGCCGCACCGAUCCAACGGUACGGGGUCGAAGAUGCUGUCUUUCAUCCCAACUUCACGCGCAUAGUACGUUCCGGGCAUGACGUUGGUCUGUUGCGGUUAAACAGAACGAUCGACUUUAGCUCUGGUGACGUCUCGCCCGUAUGCCUUCCGUUCACUAGCGGUCUGAUGGGGUUCGAUCCUACGUUGUAUUGGAUUACCGGCUGGGGGUUAACCGAGCGACUGGAAGUUAGUCCAGUACUGUUGCAGGCGCGUAUUCCUCCCGUGUCCUGCAGUCUAAGCAGCUAUGCCAUUUGUGCCGGAUUUGGCAAUGCCACCCUACACUGUGAGGGUGAUUCGGGUGGUCCGAUGAAGGCGCAAGUACCGGAGUAUAAUUUCCGAUUUGUGCAGUACGGUGUGAUUUCUGCAGGACCGCGUUGUGGUACGCAAGGUGUUCCGGGGAUAAGCUCGAGAGUUUCAUUCUUUAUGCAAUGGAUUUUGGACAAUAUAAAGGCUUAA